AAAAAAUCGACCUGAAUGUUUGACAACAGCCUCUCUAAAUGACCGUCCCAUUUAACUGCAAUGAAAAACGUUUUUUUUGAUCGAGUCCACCCUGUCCCCCAUUCGUUGAUCAUCCCUCACGACCAUCAGCAUGAUCCCGCCACCAGUCGUCCAGCGAGGGUUAUUGGCUCUGGACAAGUCUCUGUUUACCAGGACCGUCAGUGUGAUGGCUCUAAGGAUUCCAGCCAGCUUGACCAUGGAAUGCAAAAAGGUCAUUGGGACUGACAUGUUACUGGAACCCAAGAUCAGGAACGUCGUGGACAGCGACGACGGAGAAAAGUCUAAGCGACUAGUUCUCUUGAACCUGGAUAUUAAGAAUGAAGAUCUCGAAGGCGCAUCCGAAAUGACCAAAAGUUUCGUCAAAAAGAAGGACAUCGCGCUCACGAAAACAGAGCUAACAGUUGGAUACGAUCAUUGGACGGCAGACGAGGUUCUGCGCGCGAUUCUUCCAGAGGAUAUCAUUGACGAGGCACCCUCGUCGUUCACGACCGUUGGACAUAUCGCACACAUGAAUCUCAAAGACGAAUAUCUCCCCUACAAGCAUUUAAUCGGCCAAGUGAUCAUGGAUAAGAACCCGAACCUUAGGACUAUCGUCAACAAGACAGAUACCAUCGAUACCACCUUCAGGUUUUUCAAGAUGGAGCUUCUUGCUGGAGAGGAUGAUAUGAUUGCAGAAGUUAGAGAGAGCGGAUGCAAGUUCAAACUGGAUUUCUCGCAAGUGUACUGGAACUCUCGUCUGCAUACAGAGCAUGAGCGCCUUGUCAGAAUGUUCAGUGCAAACGACGCGGUUUGCGAUGUCAUGGCAGGCAUAGGGCCAUUCGCCAUGCCCGCUGCAAAGAAAGGCUGCACCGUCUACGCAAACGAUCUCAACCCGACUUCGUAUCAGUACAUGCUCGAGAACAAGGCCUUAAACAAGCUCAAAGACAACUUGAGGAUUUAUAAUUUAGAUGGUCGGGAUUUUAUUCGCAAGGCUGUCGAGGAUCUGGAGAAGUCUGGGUAUAAACGUCCACCACUGCCACCUGUGGUCACUAAAGGAAAGAAAGGCGCUGCGAAGGACUCAACAGUCGCUGUCACCGAACCAACACCUACUCCAGUACCAGCACAAGCUCAGGAUAUAUCACCGACAUCCCAUUCGUUCCAAACAUUUGAUCACUUUGUGAUGAACCUGCCAGCAACAGCGAUUGAGUUCCUUGACGCCUUCUGCGGUCUGUUCAAGGGUCGCGAGGCAGAUAUAUCUGAGCCCAAGAAGCAGCUUCCCAUGAUUCAUUGCCAUUGUUUCUCCAAGAGUGAUACACCUGAGGAGGACGUGAGGGAACGCGUCGAGGCUGUGAUGGGCGGCUCUCUUGAAAUGGACUCUGUCAAGUUGCACUGGGUCCGUAAGGUUGCACCGAACAAGGAUAUGUAUUGUAUCUCUUUCCGUCUGCCCGCUGAAAUUGCAUUUGCAAGUGACGGGAAGCGAAAGCCCGAGCCAGAACUUGAAGCCAGCAUUACCAGCAGUGUCACAGACCCUGCUACUACUGGCACUACGGAAGAAUCAACGGCCAAGCGUCCCAAGACUGAAUAAGCAGGAGCGCCAAUAUCUACGUUGUUUAAUUGGCAUUCCCAUGCAUCGAGUCAUCUACCGCAAUAAUAAAAUCGUCGUCUGAUAUCCAUCC